GAAAUAAAAAUAACAAUUACUUAACGGCUGAGUAUUUAACAACUAGGCGUGCUUAUGAUGAAACUAAAAAAGCUUAUAUUGAGAGGAUUAGUCAAAAUAAAAUCAUAAACUUCAUCCCUUGGAAUGAGAUCGAUGAAAAAAUAGAAUUUGUUGAUGCUGGAGGUUCUGGGAUUAUUACAAAGGCGAAAUGGAUAAAAGAGAACAUAACUGUUGCUUUAAAGACAGUGGCAGUUUCUGAAGAAACAGAUUCUGAUAAUGAUGAAUUUAUUAAAGAGCAGAUUAAGGCUUUUCAUAAUAUUGGACUAGUGCUUUCAAGUAAAACGAAUGAAGAAAAUAAAGAAAAAACAUCUCACAUAGGAUAUGAAAAUUACGCAGAGCUUGGCUGUUUGCGUAAUUUUUUGAUUAAAAAUACUACAAAUUGGGAACAAAAGGUCAAUAUUGCAAGACAGAUUACCUGCGGUUUAUAUUUUUUACAUACAAAUGAAAUUUUACAUCGUGACCUACAUACUAAAAAUGUGGUUAUCAAAAAGGAUGGAGAUGGUGUUAGAGCCAUUAUUACGGAUUUUGGACUUUCAAAAGUUCUUCCUCGUAAUAGCAAAUCAAAUCAGAGAAUAGGAGGAUGCGCACCAUUUGUAGCCCCUGAGGUAUUAAAUAAUAUUGCAGCAUAUGACUACAAGUCGGAUAUAUAUAGCCUUGGUGUAGUUUUAUGGGAAAUCACAAGCAAUGGCCGACCCCCAUUUGAAAAAGUUGAAAGCAACCUUAAAAUUGCGAUCCAAACAAUGAAAGGAAUACGAGAACAACCAAUAAAUGAGUCAACUGACUCCUAUGUUAAGCUUUAUACAAAUUGCUGGGAUGGGGAUCCUAAGUUGCGACCAGAAAUUAAUCAGGUAUAUGAAUCAAUACGUCAAGAAGACAUAAUAUCAGGUGAAGAAUGGAAAGAUUUACCACAAAGUUGUGAUUCAUCACAAAGUAAUGAUUCAUCAAAAAGUAGUGAUUUAUCACAAAGUAGUG